UAUGACGAUAAGAUGUACAUGGGGUUCGUACACACAACAUUCUCUCAAAGUCACCAGUGAUAAUUCAGGGAAUGCUGAUUUGGUUUUCCUUGUAGUGAACGUCUCCACAUGUUCGACACCGCCCCGGCGUCCGGAUGGACUGGCGACCAAAUUGCGCGUAUGCAGUCCGCCCCUCUUAACCAGUGGUUCAACGGAAACCCCAACUUUGUCGGACAACCCUGGUUCACCGAUGCCGCGGAAUUCGACUUUACGACGCUCCAACCCAAAUACAUCAACCGCAACUUUGAGGACGACAAAUUCGGCCAAUUGCACGGUUAUGCUUUCUGCUCUGGGCACGCUCAGCUGGCAAAUGGAUCUUAUCUCGUUGCUGGAGGUGACGAAUUCUGGUACAAGCAAUUCAACAACAAGAGCUACACUUCCAACGGACGCUCGGACAUUCGUGUAUUCAACCCGUCGACUGCGGCAAAAACCGAACCGGAACUGACCUAUGUCGCCUCCAUGUACCGUCCUCCAGACAUGCAACCCAACGCUGUUGGGGGAUCAUCCUACACAUACUGGGGUCGUUGGUACCCUUCUCUGCUUGCGCUGCCAAACGAGGAAAUCAUGUUGAUUGGAGGUCAGCACUACUUCUUCAACGCCACCGAUACCCUUGCAGACUCUCCCACGUUCGAGAAGUGGAGUCCUAUCAGCGGUCCGAUGGGACCUUCCAAGCCCAUCGCACUCCUCGGAAAGUACUUCCCCAUCAACAUGUACCCCAUCGCAUACGUGCUGCCCAGCUCCGGCAAGGUCUGGGUUUUCGCACACUCCGAAUCCGCCAUCGUUGACCCCGACACCGGCCUCGAAACGCCUCACGCCGCCUUGGACUUGACGAAGGCCAACGGUCAGCUUCCCCUGUCUUUCCCAUUCGCAGGUACCAACUUUGUCCCCAUGAUGUCCUACCGCGACAACUACCGCAUGGAGUCCUGGAUUUGCGGUGGUGUCAACGGCACCGCCGCCGAUGGCAAUCCGACUCCCCGUGCCAACAACGGCAAGGACGCCUGGUCCAACUGCCCCAACUGCACUCCCGUCAAAGUUUGCCACUGGACCACAUUGGAAGACAAGGGUGCUACCUUGACCACAAAUGUUCAAUUUACCCAGGAAGACAUGCCCAUUGCCCGUUCGCAGCCCGCCGCCGUCAACUUGCCCGAUGGAACCGUCGCCAUCGUCUCCGGCUCUGGACUUGGACACCAAGGUGGUGUGUACGGUCAGCCCCAGGCUAGCAAGGGUGUCAAAGAGGUCGUCAUCUUUGACCCGACCUACCCGCCCUCGGACCCCACCAACCGAUGGAAGGUUGGCGCUGCCGCUCCCACUGGUCGUCACUACCACAACAUUGCUUUGCUUCGUUCUGACGGUACCGUCGUCACUGGAGGAGGUGAUGCGCAGAACGGAGACGACUUUGCCAACAACCGUCCCGAUGACAUGUCUUUGGACAUCUACUACCCGCCAUACAAGUUCAUUGCCAACCCCCCCAAGCUUGUCCUGCCUUUCCCUACUGCCCAAGCGACAUACGGUCAACAGAUCGAGGUUCCCUUCGUUGACGCGAUCGCCGAGACCAUCGUUUCCGUCAGCAUCAUUCGCCAGGCCUCGAUGACACACACCGUCAACCUCGACCAGCGUCACAUUGAGCUGCAGAUCCUGAAGUACGGCAAGCAAAAGCUCCUUGUCCAGCUUCCCGCCACCCCUAGCAUCGCGCCCCCCGGUAACUGGAUGCUCUUUGCGACGGACAACAAGGGUGCCGUUGUCGAGCGCUCUGGUCUCGUCAACAUCAGGGCUACCAACCCCAACACACCGCCAAAGUGGACUGACGCCGACACCGUGCCUACUCCCCAGACGCCCGUCAAGAACCGUGACUCGCGCGUCAACACCGCCAGCGCCGCCGGUGCCGUCCGUGCCUCGGUUGCCGCUGUUGCCGGUGUCUCCGCCCUUGUCGCCAGCCUCAUGUUCUAAACGCCCACCGUUUAGAAAACAUCGGCGUCGCCCGUUGAAGCCGGUCGAGCGGAGUAACCUCUGCGGUCCCGUCCCGUUUAGACUCGUCGAUAGAACGGCGUAUGCUCGUAGCUAUACAUACACCUUUCCAUAGAGCAUAUAUCAUCCCUCACAAUGUUGUGCCGAUUAGAACUCUGCAUAUCUCGAGACACGGCGUGUUGCUUUACAUAGAGCCUUUUGUAUUAAUAUCAUUCAUCUAUUUCGCAUUUGAGU